AUGAAUUCCGAAUGGUCGGUGACGAAAAGCGUGAUUUGCGUAGAAAAUUUCUUAGCAGAAAAAAAGAAUUUAGAAAUGACAAUUAUAGAGUAAAAUUAAUUGAAAAUUUGACAGAUGGCAUUUACAUAGAUGAUAUAAUGCACACAGAGUAUGUAAAACGACAGCCUCUUUACGAGGAAAGCAAGAAGUAUGAAAGCGUUUUCAGAAAUCUUCUUUCAAUGAAAGGCGUUAAAUAUAUAUUUAAAAGAGAUUUCUUUUGGCGUACGUGGAGGUAUCUUAAAAACGAUAAAAACGCGUCAGUGAUAUAUUAUAAAAGUGUCGGUAAUUUUAAUGUUUCGUGCCCAAAAUGCCAGUACAGCGCUUAUUGGAUUAAACCGGACUUAAUUAUGUUUAAGAUGAUUAACUCUAGCAAUCAUAUAUUUUUCUCUCGAAUAAUGAAACCCGCUAACAAGAAUUAUGUAUGCGUCAAUGAUUGUGGUCUGUGGGACCCAAACACAAAAAAGGUAUUGAAAAAGGAAAGCAAAGUUGUUUUAAAUCUAAUGAACCACAGACAAAAGAAUAAAAGAGAGUAUAAAUUAAACACGCCCACUAUGUAUCAAGAAGGUUUUGAACCAAACGGCCUUCAUUAUAAAAUGCUAGUAAAACCGGCUGGAAAUUUAGCGACUGCCAAAUCUAUCUCGAGUUGUAAAAAAAUAAAAGAUUUGUAUGCGGAGAAGGAAUAUCAAUACUUUGAUUACUGA